CUGGGUCAUCAUCAAUGGGCGCCGAGUGCAUUUUGGGAAUGUGGUCGUGAUAAUACAAUCUUCAAUUUUAAGUGGAUUUAUUGAUGAAAAUGUCGAUUUUUCACGACGAAGUUGAGAUCGAAGAUUUUGAGUACGACGAGGACACCGAAACGUAUUACUUUCCGUGUCCCUGCGGAGACAAAUUCGCCAUAAGCAAAGAGGAGCUGGAAAACGGUGAGGACGUGGCCACGUGCCCGAGCUGCUCGCUCAUUGUUAAAGUCAUCUAUGACAAGGAGAAUUUCAUGUCUGGUGAAAUCAUUGAGGCCCCAUCAGAGAGCAAAGUGGCGCUUGUUCCCACCUGAUCCAGGAUGAAUCAUGUUAUAUUAUUAUAUUAUUAUUGUUAUGGAGCGCUUGUAAUCAAUCACGUUCACAACCAGAGGAAUCUGAAAAUCAGAAACAACUUAUGUUUCCGUUUUAUGUGGUUUCUUAUUUUAACUUCAUGUUCACUAAGAGAAAUUUGUAAAUAAAUAUUUAUCUUGCUCUUUUCAAAGAAAUAAAAUGUUUUCAUGGCAUCAAUUGGAUGAUUCAUUUUGACCGCAGGCUUCUUUAAAAUAUAACUGUUGUUUAAAAUGUAUGAUUUUAGUUUAUAAAUGUCUUCAAUCCGAACAAAAAGACCAAGAUGUGAAUAUUAACUAUGAUGUGACGCCAUGUUUUU